GAUACUACUAACAACAGUAGUAUCGGUGGCCGAAUGAAGUUUCGCUGGCUGCGUAAUAUGCGUAAUGAUCCAAAUCUAAAGGAAACGUUAGCGAAAAGCGUGAAGGUUCGCGCACCUAGUGUGCCACCGGCUCCGGUGACGGAAGAGCAGCCGAAGGUACCAGCCGCUGUUACUACUACUGCUGUAGUGGCACCCAGCACUGGUGUUCAGAUACCUCGAAGCCCUACCACUCUAAUCCCGACAGCGAAGAUCGCUCUAACCGCAGAUGACGAGUGUGAUGCUGACAGUACACAGACCGGCGUAAGCACUGGCGAUAGAAGCACGAACCUUCCCACCGAUUACUACUCAUUUCUCUGUGAUAAUCAGUUAAGCUACGAAUCGCCCAGCAAAAGUCCGUGCCAUUUGAUGCGUUUCGGUGGUGGACUGAUGGGCCGUAGACCGUCCACCAUAGAGGAGGUGCUGCUGACCGGUGCCGGUGGUGAUGCUGGAUGUUCCGUUGGUGCCGUUAGUGCUAGUAUCGCCGGCGCCAGGACAAGCGCUGAAGAGUGCAGCGUAGUGGUGAAGCCAAAACCAACGAACGUGAAAAUAGGAUUCGACGUUAGUCCGGCUUCACCCUCGCCGACCCUCGAAAGUUCCUUCGAAAUCAUCGAUAAAUCCGAUGUAUUGCCCUUGGAUGGUAUGUCAGACGGUGUUUCCGAUCGGUCAGUGAUGGUUUCUGGUGGUGAUGCGCGUAGGUCGAACCAGUCCCCUAUUUCACCAACUGAUAGUCCUAUUCUUGUGCGUAGCAAUCGCUGUGCACCGUUUUCCUUCCGCGAGAUUAGACAAGAGUUGCGGGCCGCUAUCAAAUUGGCCCCAAAACGCACCCAGGUAGCGCUUUCGUCGUCCUCGCCGCCGGCAGCUGGUUGUGUCGUGGGGCGAUCGAUCGAACGUACCCUGAGUGCGCCUGUUGCAGUACAAACGCUUGCCACGGCUACCACAACUAGCAGCCAGACCGCUACAGCGGGGAUUACCGGUAUCAGCAGCGCCAUACUGCACCGAUCGCAUUCUGCGCGACAACUUCACCGCAAACCGAGUGGACAAUCACAUGGAAAUCGAUUAGAAUAGGCUUGCUACGUACAACCAUUCACGAUGGCUCCACCUAGAUCGUACUGCGGAGUAGUUAAUUGGAGAAAUCUGUGGAACACUAAAUCAUAUUCUAGGAUGUUUAUUGAAGUGCUUUUUUUUAGGACGAUUAUACCAAUACUGCUCGUUAAUGUUAAACGCCUAGUGGAUAGUUUAUCCUCACGCUAUGAACCGAUCAAUCGCUAACAGAUGCUGGAGUCCCAGCCCAAAGCAUAGGCGGUGAAGAGGCGUUGCUGUGCGUGCUGUGGGUGGUUGUACAUUGUGUGUAUUAAAAGUGAGAUAAGAGCGGAAUCGUGCACAGCCACAACACUGUAUUGUCGUAAAAAUUAGUGUAAUGCGCUAGUAGUGUUGUAAAGAAAAAUGUCAAGUAUAUGUUAGAUAGAAAUAGGGCAGGACAAUUACAUCCACGCGAGCUAACAAUGAGUCUUUGUGCGCGUUUGUUGUUAAUGAGGGCAGCAGACCAAGCCGUAGAUGUACAAUGGUAGCAUAUUUGUUGAUUUCUGUUUCUGUUUUGCUCUUUAAGCGUUUCGUCCUAGCACACGCAUCAUGUUGGUUUAUCCGUUCACUAUGUUAUCGUUUUUAUCGUUGUUUCUUCUGAAUCUGAAAGGCAUAAACCAAUAGUUAAAAUAGGCUGUAAUGAAUCAGAACGAGGGAUGGAGAGUAGGAAGAUUUGUCGGAAAGAUGAUCGUUAACUGAUAAUAAGAAAAGAGAUAAUAGAGGAUCUAAAUGUGGCUUAUCGAACGAAACAGUUCAUUACCGAGUGUGUUUAUUUUAAAUGUUUUGUACAAACAAUUGCACCUCGGCCACGCGAACCCGGCAAUGUACACGCGUGCACGAAUUGAGAAAUGGAUGAAGGGGCACCUAUCUGUACAUACAUAAUCGUUUUCGUCCAGCCAACCACACGCUACGCACGCACAACACAACCUAUGUACAUCCUUUUUCGUUGUAAAUCAAUGUUCAUCACUGUCACAACUACUACCAAACUCAACCUUAAG